CCCCGCGUUCCCCUCCGCGGCACCGCCUCAUGCAGCGCCGUGACGACCCCGCCGGUCGUUUAGCUCGGGGACAGGGCCCCGGCGGCCGCGCGCCGCCUCCGCGCCGGCCGCCCCGUGGCGGAGGGCCCCGCGGGGCCGCCAGCGGAGCGCAGCCGCCGCCCGGUGGGGCCGCUGCCGGCGGGGCCUCAGGGCCGGGGGGAUCCGGUGCUUCGGCCGCUAUGGUGGGCGGCAAGAUGGAGCCUGAGAACAAGUACCUGCCCGAGCUGAUGGCCGAGAAGGACAGCCUGGACCCGUCCUUCACGCACGCCAUGCAGCUCCUCAGCGCAGAAAUUGAAAAAAUUCAGAAGGGUGAGACAACAAAGAAGGAAGAGGAAGAAAAUUACCUGGAUUUAUUUUCCCACAAGAAUAUGAAGCUGAAGGAACGAGUUCUGAUCCCUGUCAAACAAUACCCCAAGUUUAAUUUUGUUGGGAAGAUUUUGGGACCCCAAGGCAACACCAUUAAAAGACUUCAGGAAGAAACUGGUGCUAAAAUCUCUGUACUGGGGAAAGGCUCAAUGAGAGAUAAAACCAAGGAGGAGGAGCUGCGCAAGGGCGGCGACCCCAAGUACGCGCACCUGCACAUGGAGCUGCACGUCUUCAUCGAGGUGUUCGGCCCGCCCUGCGAGGCCUACGCCCUCAUGGCCCACGCCAUGGAGGAGGUCAAGAAGUUCCUGGUCCCCGACAUGAUGGAUGACAUCUGCCAGGAGCAGUUCCUGGAGCUCUCCUAUCUCAACGGGGUCCCGGAGCCCAACCGCGGCCGAGGCGUCCCCGGGCGGGGCCGGGGGGCAGCGCCACCUCCCCCUCCACCCGUGCCAAGGGGCCGUGGGGUUGGUCCUCCCCCUCCUCCUCCUCCUCCUCCUCCUCCCCCGCGGGGCGCGCUGGUGCGGGGAGCGCCGGUGCGCGGGGCCAUGGCGCGGGGGGCCGCGCUGGCCCGGGGGGUGCCCCCUCCCCCGGCGGUGCGGGGCGCUCCUGCCCCCCGGGCACGGGCGGCUGGCAUCCAGAGGAUACCCCUGCCCCCUCCCCCCGUGCCGGAGACCUACGAGGAAUACGGCUACGAUGACACGUACGCAGAGCAGAGCUACGAGGGGUACGAGGGCUACUACAGCCAGGGCCAAGGGGAUACAGAAUAUUAUGAUUAUGGACACGGGGAGGCACAGGAAACCUAUGAAGCUUAUGGCCAAGACGACUGGAACGGAACCCGGGCGUCCCUGAAGGCGCCCCCGGCCCGGGCAGUCAAGGGGGGCUACCGGGAGCACCCCUACAGCCGCUACUGACCCCAAAACGGGGCCAGAAUCCCCAUUUAGGGGCAAACUCUUGUUUCUGGUUCUUGUAUCUCCCGGGAUUCCCGUUGCUUUACCCACAGCAGACAAGUAAUUGUCUCCCUGUUUUUUGUUUUUUCUUCCUGGCCCCCUUUUUUUUAUUAUUAUUUUUAUUUUUUUUUUUUUUUUUCCUCCCACUUCAUCCUCACUUUGCAUUUUGGCUUCUGGAGGUGAAUUUAAAUAGAUUUAGAAGGGGAAAAACUUUAAUUUUUAUUAUUUUUUUUUUUCUUCUUCUUCAGUGUUGUAGAUGGCUUUUCUUUCUUUGUCGUUUUAGGUUAAAAAACAAAAAAAAAUAAUGUACCUUUUUUAAAGGAAAAAAAAAAAAAAAAACAGACUAAAAAAAAAAAAAACAAGUUUUAAAAAUGUUAGUUUCCAAAAGUGACAUGCUUUGCUUAGUUCUGAAAUUAAGGUUUUGUUAAAACUUUUAAAGUUUGUUUUAAAGGAACCCAUAAAGGUUGUAGUUGCAGAAUCCCAAAGUAGGCUACAUUUCAAAAUUCAGGGUUAUUAUUAUUUUUUUUUUUUUAAGAAUUAAAAUCAUAAUGUAACAGUAGUGGCUGCCACCAUUAAAAAAAAAAACCAAAAAAAAAUAACUUCAGUUGCCAAACCUUUAAAAGGAGAUUGCUGGUGAAUCUUGAAAUUUAAAUUUUAACCCAAAGGAUCCUCCAAACAAAUUAAAUAGCAUUUCUUCUAAAGAGAAUUGACUUAAAAAGAAAAAAUUAGGUUGGUAAAAAAAUUGACUUUUCUCAUGUGGAUUUUGAAAUCUAGCCCCCCCUGUGCAGUGUUGAGAUAUGCUUGGGAAUAUUCUCCCAGUGGAAAGGGAUUUUAGUUUAAUUCUAAAUGAACAAUUCUUAAAAAAAAAACAAAAAAAAAACCAACAAAAUAUGGCUCUAAUUGCCCAGUGUUUAAUAGAAAGAAUAUUCCGUGUAGGUCUGUAAAAUUCUCAUUUUUUGUCGCCCUUUUGGGGCAGAAAAUCUGAUGAAAAUUCCAAAAAAUUUAAAAAAAAAAUCAAUUCCAAGCAAUCCCAGCCACUUGUUCAAGUGUAUCUCAGCACGAGCUUUGCAUAAAAAGGGACACUGCAGCUGUAAAAAAAAAAAAAAAUAUAUAAAAACCAAACAAAAAAAAAAAAAAUUAAAAAUAAAAAAAAAAAACCAGACAAAAAAAAAAAAAAAACAACCCAAAUUUCACUUUGUACAUAAAAUAAAGUCCUAAUUGGAUUUGUUACAUUGUCCUCCCACUCUGUUCUGGAAGAGAAAAAUGCAACAUUUUGUGUAAAGUCUGCCUAAGUAGGUAGCUCCAAACGUGUCAAAAUGUCUGUCUCAAACUGUCAAUAAAGUUUAGUCCUUUUUUAAUCAAA